AUGUCUGGCCUCAAAGACAUUGUUGUGACGUGGAAUGGAAACUUGAGCUGCUUGCCCAAGUCCACUUGUAGCCCCCAGUCCAGUGCUGAGAUGAGGAGCCCGGCUCUGCUCUGCAUCCACUAUGGCCGUUCCGUGUUGUUGGAGGUCGCCCUCAACGACGUCGAGCCAUCGCGUGCGGGGCUUUCCUCGUGGUCGUCCUCAGCCUGUGGCCUUUGGGUCAAACUGGAGGAUGGCUCGUGUGGUGUGUCCCUCCUGUUUCAGACGCCUUUCUUCAGCAGCGUCAUGAGCGAGAGCUGCGACAACGACCAGGAGGCGCUGGAGCGGGUGACUUCCUGUUUCCAGACACUGGUGAGGGUGACUUGUAGUUUCCGGCAGUUGGUGGCGUCGCUGGGAAGCUCGGCUGACAGUGGUUUCGUGCGCCACGAGAUGGAGCGCGACGGUACACUGGCGCGGCUCCUCUGUGACGGUCUGUCGCGCCGCCUACCGCGUCUCCUUGGCAAAGCGGCCCAGGAGGAACGUCCGGCCGUGGAACGCCUGUGGGUCCACUUCCUGUCCGCCUUAGAGAACUUCCUCUCUGACCUGCGGAAGGCCGAUGAGCUGGCAGGACGUUUUCCGCUGGAACGGCUGAAGGACCGACGCGCCUUGAUCAACACGGGAUGCGUGGACGGCGUUGCGGGCAUCGCGGGCACCGCCGCCUCGCUUCGGGCGACCCCGUCCUCCAACGGUCUGCAGGAGGUGGGGCUUCAGAGACAUCUCCACGCAUUGGAGGAUGUGCUGAGCAUCAUGCACGCUCGGGUUCCAGUGGCAUUAUGGUGCGUGGAGUCCACGCAGCCGACGUGCCCCCGAACGCCUGUCGGCGACGAGGACCGAGACAGCCUGGAGGAGAUGACGGCACCCACCGACACCUGCUGCUGGCCAGCGUGCAGCCGCCUCAAACGUGCCUCAUCUAAUUAG